AGUGUGGUCACGUGCGCGUUGUGGAUUUGCAACUUCGUUACCCGAGUUACACUGAUUAUCUGAUUAUUUGUUGACCAAGAUCCAGCUUUGCAUUGCAUACUGUUUUCGAAAACGCGUGGUGGUGUAUAGGUUGUUUCAGACAGUGCCCCAAAGCAACUGAGUAGCUUUAUCUGCACAUGUUUAGCAAAGAUGUUUUCGCAUGCUGGUAAAAAACUUGUCAACAAUGUUGUGAAAUCCACUUUUAUUUCUACUAGAAAUAAAUCCACUCAGCGGACAACUUUACUCAAGAACAUGCUUCAGUCCAAAGAUUUAGCAUUUCUUAUGGAGGCACACAGUGGUCUUGCUGCAAAGAUUGUAGAAGAAGCUGGUUUUCAAGGCAUCUGGGGCAGUGGUUUGUCCAUUUCAGCAUCAUUAGGUGUGCGUGAUAGCAAUGAAGCAUCUUGGACGCAGGUAUUAGACGUCGUGGAAUAUAUGAGUGAUGCGUCCAGUUUACCAAUUCUGUUAGAUGCUGAUACGGGGUAUGGCAAUUUCAACAAUGCGAGGCGUUUAGUUCGAAAAUUGGAAGAGAGGGGUGCAGCUGGUGCUUGCUUAGAAGACAAGCUGUUUCCUAAAACAAACUCACUUUUGGAUGGCAGAGCUCAACCGUUGGCAGAUGUUGAAGAAUUUGCCUUGAAGAUAAAAGCUUGCAAAGAUAGUCAGAGAGAUCCAGAUUUCUGCAUUGUCGCGCGUGUGGAAGCUUUUAUUGCUGGAUGGGGAUUGGAUGAAGUGUUACGUCGAUCACAUGCAUACGCUGACGCUGGCGCUGAUGCGAUUCUAAUGCACAGUAAGAGAAGCGAGCCUUCAGAAAUCAAAGCUUUUAUGGAAGCCUGGAAUAACAAGACGCCCGUUGUUAUAGUACCAACAAAAUAUUACACUACACCGACCAAUGAAUUUCAAGAAUGGGGUGUGUCAACUGUUAUUUGGGCCAAUCACAACGUUCGUGCGUCGAUCAAUGCAAUGCAAAACACGUGUCGUACUAUCUUUGAGGAGCAGUCUUUAGUUAACGUUGAAGAUAAGAUUGUUCCAGUGAAAGAAGUGUUUAGGAUUCAAAACGAUAAGGAGCUGGUCGAAGCAGAAAAAAAAUAUCUACCUACUCAAUAGUAUAUUAACAUAUAUUUAUAUUUAGUUUUAUCUGUAAUACGAUAAUACUAUCUGCAAUUCAAGAGAUGUAAAAAUGAAAUUUUUAUCCAAAAAUAAUUUUUUACUUUUUUUACA